CCCCCAGCUGCCUCGUCAGGGCUCGAGCAGCCGGUGAACUGGGCCCGGCCACGCUCGCCGCGCUGGAGUUAGAUGGGGCCUCCGAGGGCGUCCACACUGGACAUUCCCGCGGGGAGCUCUCAUCGGCCCCCGCACCCCGUUCCUAUCUCGCCCUUGACGUGGGCCCGACGCCCAGGGCGCCCCCUACAGCUCACACAGGGAUCCAAACGGCCUCCGCCGCCGGGCCACUGCCGCUCGCAGUCUAGGAACCCCAGGAAGACACACACUCUGGGGACUUGUCCAAACACACGCACAGCUCAGACUCGUAGCCCUUGAGGCCCCCGCACCCACAAAGAAACUGCAGGCUCCCUUUGCCAACCCCAGGCCUCCCUGGGGCUCUGUCCUCAUCUUCCCAAGAGGGCUGCCACCCCUCUUGGGGGAGCUGCACCUCCUGCCCCCUUCCCCUCCCUCUGUUUGCUCCUCCAUCUUUCUCUCGAGUUCCUUUUCCUCUGGUGGCUCUGGGGCUCUCUGUCUAGAGCCUCCUGACCUCAUGGGCGCCUGAGCCCUCCUCCGAAAUUUCCUGUCCACACCUCAAGCACUGACUUUCUCCAGGGCCCUGGAAUAUUUUCCCCCAGCCUUAUGACCACAAGUGCACGUCCUCUGGUUCCAGCCCAUAUCCAAGACCCUGCUCCCUGCCACCCAGUGACAGGGAUCCAGCCAGAGAUGGGUAGCACCUCAGACCCUUCCUCCCCACUCCUCCCACGGCCUAUACCUCGUUUUCUUCUCCCCAGCCACAACGGCUUCCCAAUCCCUAUCCUGCUCCCCUUAACCCAUCUCCACAGAGUAGGGGAUGCUCCUGAAAUACAGAUUGCGAUGACUUUGUAUCUCACCUGCCUAAAACCCUUCCAUUCUCCUCUCUGCAGGCCUGGGAUGACAAUACUUGAGGAACCCUCGCUGGUGCUGCCCUCCUGCCCUCUGCCUGGAACACCUCCCCUAAGUGUCAGUGAGUGGACGUAUAUAUUUGGAUCAAUCGAGUUGCACCCUUUGCCUCCCAGAUCAGUUCCUCCGGCCUCCCUGGCAGAGCAGAAGGACAGCUCUGGACACUUGUGUCAGCACCCAGCCCACUUGUCCCUGCCACAGCUUCAUAUAAGGUUCCCAGAAGGCCAUGGCUCCAACCCCUGCUCUCAUCCUUGGAACCACAGUCCCAGGGUGAAGGGAGGCAGCUUCAGUCCUGGGGCCAACAGCACAUCCGAGGAAAUCAGGGCCCCUGGAACACAGCCUGCGGGACUGGGGGCACAUCUGCUGCCCAAUCCAGAGCUUGAAUGCUCCUGGUGAUCCAGGAAGGCCACUGAGAUUUCCACUUUAUCUACUGUUUCUUGUGCACGUACUUACCAUAAAUCAAAACAGCCUCUGUGUUAUCAUCCUUCAAUGUUCAACACAUCGCAUCGGAGUCGCCCUUUCCCUACAGAAUAUAAGCUCUGGGUCUGGGGGCUAAUGGUGUGGGGAUCCACCACCCUGUCUUGCCACCACCUGAGACACAGAUGUGGCUUCUAUUCGUAUGUCCCUAUUAAAUGUUUUUCUC